AUGCUCGAGUUUGCAGGCAGCAGCCUGUUCCGGCACCAUAUUGUGUGCAGCCUGCUCACCAACAGGCCGGUCCGCAUCGUCGGCAUUCACGACGACGCGGAGCCGGAGGGGAUUCAGCUCUGCGAGGCCAAUUUCCUCAAGUUCAUCGACCGCGUAACGAGCGGCUCCAAGUUCGAGUGCGCGGACAACAACACCACCCUGACGUUUUACCCCGGCAUGAUCCUCGGAGGGACGUUUGCGCACGAGGUUCCCAGCGGCCGCUGCGUGAGCUACAUCGCCGAAGUCGCCGUCCUCCUUCUCCCCUUCGCGAAACUGGACACGCGGCUGACGCUGGUUGGCUCGACGCAGAGCGAGACGGACCUCUCCGUCGACACCCUCCGCACGGUGACGACGCGCUGGUUGCAGCUGUUCGGUGUAGACUGCAGCGUGCGAAUCAUUCGUCGUGGGGCGCACCCGGGCGGGGGCGGGGCGAUUGACCUCCACUGCAAGGCUGUGCGGAGGCUGAACGCCGUUGACGCCACAACGCGAGGCCGUGUACGCCGCAUUCGCGGCAUCGCCUUUGGCUCGCGCGUCGCGGCGGAUCUUGCCCACCGCGCGGCCACCGCCGCGAAGGGCGUCCUUCUAAACCUCCUUCCCGACGUCUACGUGGUGACGGACCUAGACAACGCCAAGCGACACCAUGGGGAGCCGUCGAGCGGCUACGGGGUCGUUUUGGUGGCCGAGACGACCAGCAAACAUUGCGUGAUCUCGCAGGAGGCAACCGCCGCCCCACAGGAGCUCCCGGAGGCUGUUGGAAAGCGCGCCGCUGAGCUUCUUCUUGACCAAGUCUUUGGAGGCGGAUGCGUGGACGCGCAUCACCAAAUGCUUGUCCUGCUGCUCAUGGCGCUCAGUCCAGACGAGGUGUCAACGGUGCGGCUCGGCCAGCUGACAGGGAGCGUUGUCUCCGCCGUGAUGUUGCUGGAGGCCUACUUUGGGGUGUCGUGCGCAACGAAGGACGAGCCGUCCCCGAUGGGAGAUAAUCUUCCUCCCAGCACGCUGAUCACCUGCGUUGGCAGCAACACCGUUAACGUGUGGAAGAAGAGCGGGUAG